GUGCGCAGUGCGAACCUUCCCCUUCUCUGCUUUUUCCUCCAACAUGGAAUUCCGCUCAGCUCGGCAAGCAGUACUGCAGCUACUCCGUACGGUGGCUCCAGCAGACCUCCCAGCUCUUCUCCAGUGGAUGAGAACUACCCGAGAUUUUGAUGAAUUCAUUCAAGACAAUAAUGACAUUAUAUUGAAAAACAUAGCAGAAGACCUUCGGAAUUGCUUACCUCUAGAAACCAUGCUUUCUUCAGAACAUCUAGCCCUCCAAAAAAUACAGCAGCAGCCAGAACCCACAGUUCACGUUGAUGCAUUCCUUUAUGAUGAAGACUUUAUUGAUUCAUUAUGUGAGGAAGGAAAACUGAGCAGAUACUACUGUAUGGUGUGCGGCUCACACCAGACGGCACCUUUAGGGUUUAUUUCUCAUUCCUUCUCUCUCAUGGAAUUGAAGUUCAUUUAUCAUCAUGUACUCCCUGAUCUGUCGGGAAAGGUCUUGGUUGACGUUGGCUCCAGGCUUGGCAUCGUCCUUUACGGGGGUUAUCUUUACAGUUCAGCAUCACAACUAUAUGGAGUAGAAUUGAAUGGAGACUUUUGCCAGUUGCAGGAAAUGGUCAUAAAAAAGUACCAGUUCACUGACAGAAUAAAGGUGCUUCAUGCAGACAUCUGUACACAAGGUUCACUUCUGCAAAAUGCUGAUGUUAUUAUAAUGAAUAAUGUCUUUGAAUAUUUUCUUAAUGAGGCAGAACAGGCCAGAGCCUGGGAAUAUAUCAGCCAUAAUGUAAGGAAACAAGGAUCCUUAUUAGUGACAGUGCCAAGUCUUGAAGAUUCUCUCUCAGGUCUUCAGGUUAAUAUACAGUUAUCUCCCUGGGUUGAAGAGGUACCACUGAACUAUGAUGUAUACCCAGAAAAGGAUAUUGACAGGGAAGCUCUUGAACAAAUACAUUUAUACAAGAUUCUCUAACACUACAAUAGUCCUACCUCAGUGUAAAAUAAUUACAAAAUAAUUUAAAAGAAACAGAACCCCAGUAUCCUAACACAUAUUUUUUCUGUAUAUUCCUUUCUAGUCUUUGUACAUAUGCUCACAUAUUUGUAAAUAGUUGUAUGUAUAUAUAUACAACUUU